CAAAAAGACUAUAUAGUCGCUGAGAGGGGCACUGAUACCUUCUCAUAAGGCCUCUCGACACUCUCUCACAUUCCUCACCACAAACCAGAGACACCAGCAGCUUUCAAAAUGAAGAUUGAAGGAAAGGCUUUCGUCGUGACUGGUGGUAUCGGCACUAUUGGUGCUGCCACUGCAAAGAUCAUUGCUGAGAAGGGCGGCUAUCCCGUCAUCUUUGACAUACUGGAGCCCGCCGUCGGCGAGGCCAAGAUCAAGGAGCUGCCAAAUGGCGACAAGUAUUAUUACCAGCAAACCGACAUUUCGAACAAGGAGAGUAUCCAAACAGCGAUCAAGGAAGCCUUGCAAAAGAUCCCCAAGGGCUCCCUGGCAGGAGCUGCUCAUUGCGCCGGUAUAGCACCGGGAAAACCCUGGACCAACACCAUGUCUGACAAGAUCGAUGAUUUCGCGAAUGUCUUGAAAAUCAACACUUAUGGAACUUUUGCAUUGAAUGCGGUGGUGGCCGACGCCAUCAACUCUCAGUACCCUCCUCUCGACCCCUUCCAUGACCGUGUGGAGGAGGAACGUGGGUCUAUCGUCAACAUUGCCUCCAUCGUGGCUUUCGAUCCCCCUGCUCGUUGUCUCACUUACGGUCCCUCCAAGACCGCUGUCUUGGGUAUCACGAAUGCCGCUGCAGACUAUCUCGCCCCAGCCGGUAUCCGCGUCAACUCUGUCUCCCCCGCCUUGGUCUUCUCCCCCCUCUUAAACAAGGGCGGCCGACUGGCAUACUUUGAAGAAGAGAUGAACGCCCACUCAAUGUUCCCCCGACGAGUCACCGACGCUUCGGAAAUCGGCGCUGCGAUCCUCUUCUUGAUUGAAAAUGAGAUGAUGAACGCUUUCCACUUGAAGGUUGAUGCGGGGUGGAGGAACGUCAGUAGCUGGGCGGGUGGGACUGAUCCUCGAGCCAGGUCGAAUGUACUUGAGUAG